AUGGAGCCGCCAGUUCCGGUGGUAUCACAUCUUUGGUCGUACUUUACUUCCAUCAAAUUCGUCAAAGACAUCGGAGAAGCGGCAAAUAUUGUAAAGAACGCUGUGAUAGAAGCUGGACGUCGGAUUUAUUUUACGAGAUGUGAACGACGAGUGGCCGCAGCCCAACGAAAAGAACGGCCCGAACUGAAAGACGCCUGGGAUGUACUGGACCUUGCGAAUAAGUUCAAACUUGCCCCUCUUGAUGAUAAAAUGGAAAGAGUUGAUGGAACGACAUUAACCGCUGAAGAGUUUCAAGAGAAAUAUGAAGCGCCACGUAUUCCUUGCGUAAUCACUGGGUUGACGAAGAACUGGAAAGCUCACGAAAACUGGACAAUCAGUAAAUUAGCACAAAAGUAUGGCAAUGUCCGGUUCAAGUGUGGUGAAAGAAAAUAUGGACGCCCUGUAAUGCUGAAGUUCAAGUACUACGCUGAAUACAUGAGAGAGAACGACGACGACAGUCCACUAUACAUCUUUGACGAUUCUUUCGGAGAGCGUAAAUACACAAAGGAGCUGUUAAACGACUACGAGGUCCCGCUAAUAUUUCGUGAUAACCUAUUCGGAAUUCUCGGCACGCAUGAGAAACGCCCACAAUACAGGGCAACAAAGAGUGACAUAAGCACAUCUGAACAAUUUAUGAUUGAGAGCGAUCGUCAUUAUGAAGAAUUUUGCUUAUAUAGAUUGUAUGAAUACGUUUCUGUAAAUGUCAUCUGCAAUUUCAGAUGGGUGCUUAUUCAUCCGGAUACACCAAAAGAAUUGUUAAGAAUUCCAAAAUCACAACGAGGUGUUCAUCCCAAAGAGGCGAUCACUUGGUUUUCCACUGUUUAUAAACGAAUACAUGAUGGAGACUGGCCAUUUCAUAAGUACCCAGUGAUGGAGUGCCAACAAAGACCGGGCGAAGUUGUUUUCGUACCAUGUGGUUGGUGGCAUGUGGUUAUCAAUGAAGACGACACCGUGGCAGUAACGGAAAACUUUUGUUCACGGAUUAAUCUCGUCCACGUUUAUCCGACAAUUCAAAAAUUCCGACCUGGAUUGACUCGUAUUUUUCUGGAAAAGUACAAAUAA